AUGGUGGCGCCGGGGGGAGGAGCAGGAGGAGGUCCGGCGCGUUGGCCGGCGGCGGAGGAGCUUGACAUUGCACGGAAGAAGGUGGCGGAGAUUAGUGGAAGGGAUGAACAAGAGGUUAGGGUUGCUGCUUGCCCCUACAGAAUUUGCCCUUUGGGGGCUCACAUUGAUCAUCAGGGUGGAGUUGUCACAGCUAUGACCAUAAAUUAUGGGGUACUCCUUGGUUUUGUUCCCUUUAAUGGUUCCGAGGUUUUACUUCAAUCUGGUCAAUUUGAAGGUGUUAUAAGAUUCAGAGUUGAUGACUUGCAAAAGCCUAUUGAUAAACCUGAGAACAUAAACUGGGAAAGUUAUGCAAGAGGUGCUGUUUAUGCACUGCAGAAUAGUGGAUAUGAUCUAAGGAAGGGUAUCAUAGGAUAUAUUUCUGGUGUGAAAGGUCUUGAUAGUUCAGGGCUCAGUUCUUCUGCGGCGGUUGGUAUCGCUUACUUGCUGGCUUUAGAACAUGUAAAUGAUCUGGUUAUAUCACCAGUGGAUAACAUUCAGUUAGACAAGUACAUUGAAAAUAAAUACUUGGGUCUCAAAAAUGGCAUUCUAGAUCCAUCUGCCAUUUUGCUUUCACGGUAUGGCUAUCUCACCUUCAUGGACUGCAAGACUGCUUCACCUUCCUACGUCUGCUUCUCGGAGCUGAGUAAAAGCCAACAGCCUCAGGGACAGCUACCAUUCAAGAUUUUAUUGGCAUUUUCGGGACUGCAACAUAAUCUCCCAAAGAAGAGUGGAUAUAAUAUGCGGGUUUUUGAGUGCAAAGAGGCUGCCCGUGCUCUUUUGCAUGCUUCAGGCUGUGAAGAUACGCCGAAUAUACUUAGCAAUGUUGAUCCAGUUGUAUAUGAGGCCCAGAAGUAUGUAUUAGAAGAAAAUCUUUCCAGGAGAGCUGAGCACUACUUUUCUGAAAUGAAGCGGGUUACUAAGGGCAGGGAUGCAUGGGCUCGGGGGAACCUACAGGAACUUGGACAGCUGAUCUCUGCAUCUGGUCGCAGCUCCAUACUCAACUACGAAUGCGGGAAUAAAGAGAUGAUCCAGCUGUACGAGAUCCUGCUGAAGGCCCCCGGCGUCCUCGGCGCCCGGUUCAGCGGCGCUGGCUUCAGGGGCUGCUGCCUGGCGAUCGUGGAGAGCGAGCGCGCGGAGGAUGCAGCCGCGAGCGCAGUCGUGUCUAAGAAUGAAGAGCGCAAAUCUCGCUUUUCGCAGGCGAUCGUGGAGCCGAGACGCGAAGGGUUUGGUUUUGGUUUUUGUUUUCGCUUAGUUCCACUCACGGCCUCACCCGCAUCUGUCCGCAGCUCCGCGCCGGUUCCCCUCGCUUCCGCGUCCGUCCGCUCCGCGCCGUCGCAAGCUACAGUGGAGCCGGGCCCCAAGCACCUGACGCCGGCCUCCUCCGCCUCCCCGCCGAGCCGGCCAGGGCGGCGGCGAGCAGCAGCAAUCGGCACCUGCAGCAGUGCCGUCCCCCUCAAGCCUCAACACCCUCCAGCGGCGGCGCGACUCCGGCCCGCAGCAGCGCCGCCCGUGCUGCAGCCAUCUCCCUCACGCGGCACCUCUCCGUCGCACACCCCCGCAGCAGCAACGCUCGCCAGCUGCGCCAGCACCCGCCUCAACAGGAGACGCCCUUCCGCGGCAUCUCGCCCUCGCGCACUCCCGCAGCAUCGACGCCCGCGCCUACGGCCCUCUCGCACGGCAGCUGCAACAGCGUCGUCCCCCUCGAGCCUUAACAGAAGGAUUUCAUUGAUAUUGAUACUGAGACAAGAAUACCAUAUCCAGCUGAACUUGCCGAUGGAUCCAGAGGUGGGCUUCGAUUUUUUUUCUCAGUCCGAUUCAGUGGUACCUCUGACCAAAGAAAGCGGCAAGGAGUUUUUCGCCUCAUCACAAGUGGGUGGCUCACUGAUUGGGCAUGGCGAGGCCAAUAUCGACCUCAACAUUGACGCAGAAGAUUUCCCAGCUACGGCCACCUUCCAAGACGUCGUGCAGGCUGAGCAAAUGAAUCCAGUCACUAUGGAUAUUGGCCAAGAUGCAGGCACUGGUUCAGGCAGAAGUGCACACAUUGCUUCAGGGCGAGGUGCCAACGCCACGGAGCCGUUCCGCGCUCCUCGCACAUCUGGAGGUGGCCGUGGACGUGGCCGUGCAGGGGGAGCUGGAGGUGGAGGUGGAGAAGAUUUUGGGAUGGACGAGGACGAUGAAGAUGAUGGUCAGGAAGGGAGCCCAAUGAGCAUUAGUACCAGGAAGAGGGCUAGUAGCACUGUGACAACAGCAACUAGUCCAGUGAAAAAGACAAAGAGUCCUAUGUUUAAAGUCAUGAGAGAGCUUACGGAAAGUAUGAAGGCUGACAGUGCUUCUACUCAAAAGGCGUUGAAUGGUGAUCUAGUGGCCGAGUCUAUGAAGAAAUGUCAACAGUUGGCUGUAGAGUGUGGGGGCUUCCGAAGAAAGUAUUGA